UUUUUACUUAAGAGUUGCUUAACUGUAGAAAAACUAGAAAAUACAAGUAAAAAAAAAAAGAAAAAUCAGCAAUAAUUCCAUCAUAUAGAGGAAACCACUGUUAAUAUGGUAUAUUACUUUCCAGUCUUUUUUCUAUGCCUUUUUUUUCUUUUAACAAAGUUGCAAUCAAACAAUUUUAUAAUCUGAUGUAAACAUCACUUAAUAUUCUAAAACAAGUAUUCUUCCACAUUAUUAAAAACUGCAAACUGAUGCUGAUGUUGCUGAAAUGAUUUUUGGAAUUCCUUUAUAGAAUUGCUUUCAAAGCUAAUUUAUGAGUGCAUUUAUUUUUGUUACUUUUUGGACACACCUUGCUUUUGGCCCUGUUCAGUAUUACACAACUUCAUCAUCUAGUUUUGUCAGAGUUGGCUCUGGAUAUCAUUUUAAAAGUUUUUACACAUUAAGCCCACUGACAAAGGCUAUAGAUUUGUCCCUUUUGAAAAAAGUCAAAAGGUUGUGUCACAGGCUCUGGAGGCAGUUCCCUAAGGAGUUCCACUAAUGCUUUCUUGGAAGAAGUUCAUGGUCUCUGAACACUGUAUGAAAAUAUAGCACUCAUUUCAACAUAUGUAAUGGAAAUAAAGGGAAUAUGAACACAGGGAGGUCUCAUUUUAUGCCAGGCACCAUGCUGAUAGGAUAUACACAUACUCAUUUAGCCAUUACAAACAACAAACAAAAUUAGCCCUAAAGCAAGGAAAUGGAGGCACAGAGAGGUCAAGUACCUAACCCAAGGUCACACAGCUAGAAAGUAUCAGGACUUAAAUCCAGGCAGCAUGAUUCCAGAGUCUGUGGAGUAAUCAUGGCCCCCCACCCUCUCACUGUGUGUUUGCUGCUUAAAAAAAAAAAUCUCGUUACUUUAGAUUUGCACCUAAUUUGGGGGAGUUCCCGAGGGGCUUCCAGGGCUUCUUUGACUGAGGCCAGCUCCCCUGGCUCCCCCAUUGAUCCAGUCUGCUUUCCUCUCCCCAUCGGCAGUCACCACCUACCCUGUCCCUUGUAUUUCCCUGGGACUCGUUCCCUUCUUCCUUGCUUGUUCUGAAAACAGCUGCAGAGACCCUGUUAAGUGUUCUGCUGUGAUUUGUUACAGCAAAGUGGUGGAAGUCAGGCUGCGGAGGGAGUCUAAGGCAUAACCAAGUUGCAGAGGUUCAAAGAAGCUUCACACAAUAUGUAGUCCAUAGAAACACGUUAGCAAACUAAACCUGUUUUAUUUAUUUAUUUUGUUAACUUCAAUAAGCAUCAGAUUUUUUUUUUCUUUAAUAGACUCUUUGAGCCAGCUAUAUAAAUGUUUUUUCUUCUCAUGAUUCCCUAGCUCUUUCUCCAAUUCUUUCCUUGGGAAUUAUCUCACUUACUAUUUUCUGGGUUGGACACUGGGACCCGCUACUCGGGUUAGGGUCAAGGUAGCUGUGAGUGCUGCUGGGCGUGGUGACAGUCUCAGUCCUGACUUGCUUUGCUAUGAGGCCCCAGGUGAGGGCGUUCUUCUAACUGCCCCAGAGCUUCCCGCCCUGGCUGGCCUGGCAGGCAGCGUGCCUCACCCCUCAGCCCCCGGAGGAGUGGUGUUUGCAACGCUACCCUUGCUUCCCUCCUCACGGCGAAGCCCAGCCUUCCACCCUUUGUUCUGAGCUCAUGUCCCGGCCACCGAGCUUCCCUCUGAGACGCACUUGACAGCCUUUCCCCUACUGUGGCCUGAGUAGGGCUCUGAGUUCAUGGCUCCCCUGAGGGCAUUGGUGAUGCCGUCACCCUUCUGUACACCUUUUCUGACUCCACAAGGCGUUCCUUCCAUUCACCCCCAAUCCCCCAGAGAAACCAGAAUUAUGGUUACACAAUAUCAAACUACUCUAAACAUGUAGACGCAGUAAGAGGUCCGAUCUCGUCCACUGGGACGGAGGCUCAUUUCUCUGAAGCUCCUGAGUGCACCAGAAACGCGAGAUCAUUGUGAACCGGAACAGUCCGGGAAGGUUUUGUGGCACAUGUAAGAGCCUGAGCUUGGGCCUUGAAGGGUAGAAGGGAUUUGGGAUGGGCAUGAGAAAACUGGGGUGGGUGGGUUGUUGGGGGUGUUUAUGGUUAGGGAGAAUAAGGUCUGAGAAGGGUGAGACAAGAUGAUGAAGACAUUACUUAUCCAGUCAUCCUAAACUUUCAUGUCGACCAGAGUCACCUGAGGAGCUUUAAAAACUCUUGACGCCCAAAUGACACCUCAUACCAAUUAAGUCAGAAUGUCUGGGGGUGGGAGUCAGGUAUCAGUGGCUUAUAAAAAUCCCCAUGUGAUUCUAAUGUGCAGCAAAGUUUGGGAAUCAUUUCCCUACUUUGUUUCUUGUAAGUAUCUGAACUUUGCAGAAAGACCUACAAUGCAAUAGGAUAAAAAUGAAAAUGAAUUAGGAAGUAAGAAGGAAAAGAUAACGACGAAAGAAGAAUAAGAUGCAGCCAGGGAAUAAAGCCAGUUCACAAAAUGCAUAUUAUGAGACACUAGGCUGUUGCUACAGUGGGCCAGAAUUUUGACUCUGAGCUUCUUUGUAGCUAAAUCAAAAGGGAACUUGAACAGUUAUGAAAGUCACGUGAUAGGAGGCGACUGAUAUGUCAGAGGAGCCCUGGGACUAACAGCAGGAAGAAGUCUCUCCUGAGGUUCUUCAUACAGAUGGCACCAUUCAGGCUGUGGACAGGGCUUCCAACAGUGUCCUUACAAUCAAAUGGGCCAUUUGCUAAAUUACCCCUUAAUGCUGGCUCUGGAGGUCAUUCAAGGCCAGAAUUAACAGCUCAGAUCUAAUGUAGCAAGAAAAGUUGAUUGUAUUUUUUAAAUUCUUUAUUUUUGUCUGUAGCUAAUUAAAAAAAUCCCCCCAUCUGCCUGGCCUCUUGGCUCAUCUUAAACUAAUUAACCAGACAUGUUUGCCUAGAGAUAGAAUGUCUGCAUUUUGUCUUUCUUGUGGUCAUUUCUUAUUCUCCUGGCAAUCAACUUGUUAUUUCCUUCAUUAGGCCAGGGACUCAGAGGGAAACCUGCAUUGAUUAAGGCACAAACCAGAAGCUUUAGCUUGUCAUCCUGUGCCCAAGUUCACCUGCUUUGGCCUCCACUCUGAGUGGGGGUCGCACUCCUUCUAGAGCCUGGGCUUAGCCACGGGGCCGCCUGCCAGUGGGGUCUUGUCUGUGGAUGUGGAGACCUAGGAGGGCCUGUUUCCUGCAGAUGGGGAGAAAGGGCGCUCUGUCUCCUUCUUCCCUCCUCCACUAACCCAGGCAGUUGGGAAAUACCGAUCCAGCCAGCCCAUCUUCUCCUUGGAGCCAGUGCCCAGGGAGCCUGCUGGCCUGCCCUGGCACAGCCUGCUCUGACUGGCGCCUGGCCCCAAGUGGGCAAUGGGUCGGGUCAGGUUGGGGACCAACUUGGCAGAGAGCCAUCAGGGUGGCCUCAGGGAGGUGUGCGGCUGACGGGCUGCCCAGGCAGGGCCUUUCCCACAUACCUGGUUAGCCCUGGAGCAUGCGGCAGCUGAGUGUGCUGGCUGCCGGGGCGGGGCGGUCCGCAGCAGGGCGUGUGGUGGGCUCCUGGGCCGUGUGCUUCUCUAAUCUCUGCUGUGUCCCUUGACAUGUGAGUCUCAGCCUGUAGGUAAUUUGGGACUGGGCUGUAUGGUAAUAUUCAUGUGUGUAUGUGUGGCCCUAGGGGCUUGCUGUGUGAUUGCUGGUCUCUUGUGCGUCUGGGGCCCACAUAUGUGGUGUAGCCCCUCAGCAACAGGACUGCCCAGGGUCGAGCUGCUGUGUGCACACGCAGUGGCCAGGAGUGUGCACCCAUGUGGGGUGUAGUGACCCAGCUGUCCGUGAGGGCCCUGGGCCUGGGGGUGCGUGUGUGGGGUCUCUGCCUCCACCUGCUGUCCCUGGGGCUGCGGGCUCUGUGGCUCUGCCCCCUCAUGUGUGUCCGAGUGCUGUGUGUGUGUGUGCAGCAGCUGGGCAGGGCUGUGCUUGCGGCCGCACGCUCUGUGGCUCUCAUGGCCCACGUCUGUAGUGUUUACGUCUUUCUCCAGGGGGUCGCCUUGUGUGCCCAGCUGGUGGGGAACUGGGUGACUCUGCACAUUUGGCUCUACUGUACCUUGCUGGAAACCCUCAGAUGCAUUCGUUUAAUCCUGCUGUGUGAGCAGGCUGCCUGGUGGCUGGCGCGGGCUGGCGUGUGGGCCGGCAGAGGCCUGGCGCGGUUAUGGGGUGUCUCGACCUUUGUCCAGCUGUGUGCCCGCACCGUCUUCUUGGGCGUAUGCCUGUGCAUGCACAUCUGCUUUGCUACCAUCAGCUCGAAGGUCCGUGUGAGGGUGCAUGCACCCUUCUCCGGGUUCCAUGCCCCCCUGAGCCUGGGCGUGAGGCUGUGGGGCCAGAGGCACAGGAGGGCAAAAGGGGAGACAGGUACACCUCAGGAGGAGACUUGGGGGGAGCAGGAGCCCCUGACGACCAGGAGCUCUGAGCCCACCAGGAGAAGGGAGGUGUCUCCGAGCAGGCAGGAGCUCAGUCCAGGUGGGUAAGUGAAGGGGCUGCCCCUUGCCCCUUGGGCCUGUCCCCUCCCUUGGGUGCUAGCACCUUCUUCCUGGCAGCCAGGCUAGGCUUGGAGCUGCUUCUCCUCCUGCACUAGUUAAGCUGUUUGCUGGUCUCUCUCCUUGCCCCACCGGGCACUGGGCCCCUCUUUCCUAGGCUGAGUCGUCUCUGGGGAAGGCACAGGCAGAAUGGGAGGUGCGAUUCCAGUGCUUGCCCUCUGUCCUCUGAGGACAGGGCUGUUCCUGAGAGCACUGGGCUGGAGCCUUUCUGCUCCACUGCCCUUGCCUCCCUUUUCACAUCUGCUUCCCUUGGUGCGGCCCUUUGGCUGGAGCAGCGGCCACUCUGCUCCCCUCCCCCUCUCGUCUCCUGCCUUCCCAGUGGGUCUGUUUCUCUCGCAGUUCCUCAGGGUGUGCCCCUCUUCUAGACCACCAUGGGUCUGCCCUGUCCUACUCUGGGAUGCCCUGCCUGGGCUGCCUCCUCCCCCAGCCCCGCUGUCAGUGUCCGAGUGCCCCCAGGUGUGCCUGGCCACCCCUCACCACCACGCUCCC